AUGAGGCCUCUGGCACUCAUAUUUGCCCUCAUCUUGGGCCUAUUGCUCUGCUUAGCAGCCCCAGCAACGGCAUCGUCAUCAUCAUCACAACACUCUCCCCAAGCGGCAUCAGACGAGUCAGAUUUAAUAUGUCACACAUCAAACCCAGACGAAUGCUAUCCCCGGGUCUUCGUACCAACGCAUGAGUUCCAGCCAGUCCACGACGACCAGCAACUCCCAAACGGCCUCCAUGUCCGUCUCAACAUCUGGACCGGCCAAAAGGAAGCCAAGAUCAACGUCCCCGAUGAGGCCAACCCUGAUCUCGAUGGCCUGCCCGUCGACCAAGCCGUGGUUCUCGUCGACCAGGAGCAGCCAGAAAUUAUCCAGAUCCCCAAGGGCGCACCAAAAUACGACAAUGUCGGCAAGAUCAAGGAACCCGCGCAAGAAGGAGACGCCCAAACGGAAGCCAUUGCUUUUGCAGAGACGUUCAACAUGCUCAAGACCGGCAAGUCGCCAAGCGCCGAGGAGUUCGACAACGGACUGGAAGGCCUGGAGGAGCUCUCCCACGACAUCUACUACGGGCUCAAAAUCACAGAGGACGCGGACGUGGUCAAGGCGCUAUUCUGCUUGAUGGGGGCUCGCGACGGCGACGCCUCGGAGGGAGCCACGCCGCGCGACCAGCAAGCGGCCGCGAUCCUCGCCGGCGCCCUGUCCAACAAUCCGUCGGCACUCGCCGAGAUAGCCAAGAUCUGGCCUGAGCUUCUGGACUCGUCGUGUCCUCGCGACGGCGCCACCAUCUCUGACCGUUUCUACCAAGACACCGUCUCCGUUGCCGACUCUCCGGCAAAGGUCAAGGCCGCCGUCUCGGCCAUCAACGGCCUGAUCAAGGACGGCGCCAUCCGAAAGCAGUUUCUCGAAAACAGCGGCAUGAAGCAGCUCCUCUCGGUCCUGUGCCAAGAGAAGCCGGAGUGGGCGGGAGCGCAGCGGAAAGUCGCUCAGCUGGUGCUGGACACCUUCCUGGACGAGGACAUGGGCGCCCAGCUUGGCCAGUGGCCCAGGGGCAAGGCAUCGAACAACGGGGUGUGUGCGGCGCCGGAGACGGCGCUCGAUGACGGAUGCUGGGACUAUCAUGCGGACAGGAUGGUGAAGCUGCAUGGGACGCCGUGGAGCAAGGAGUUGAAGCAGAGGCUGGGAGAUGCGCGCAAGGCGAACAGCAAGUUGCCGGAUCAUGGCGAGCUGUAG